AUGGGCAACUCCGGCAGCAUGCACGGUUUAUCGGGGUACGACGAGGGAUACCACUACCACCACCAGCACCAGCAGCACCACCAGUACCAACAGCAGCAGUACCAAGGUCUGCAAGGCUACCACCAGCAUCAUCAGCACCAGCAGCAGCAGCAGCAGCAGCGCUACCACGAUGGAGCAGGGACGUGCUCCUGGAUGGAUUCAUACAAGCGCGAUCCCCCGCGUGGCCGAUCGGCCCGUGACGGUGGUUACCAGCCGGACGAACUCCAGUCCGGCGAGGGCCACUGGAACACUCAGCUGUCGCAGCACCAGCAACAUCAGCAGCAGCAACAGCAGCAGCAGUUCAAGGUCCUCCCAGACAUACCGGGCAAGGUGGCACGGCUGCGCUCAACCAACAACGGCAACAUCCUGCACGCCGGUGGUACGAUCAGCAAGAGCAAACAGCAGCUGCAGCGCUCGAAGAGCAUCUCGUCGCCGACCUACCAGCAGCACCAGCAGCGGGCCGACGGCUUCGGCGAGGGCCCGGGCUCAGGUCAGCUGGAUGUCCCGCUUAGCUCGCUACCGCCAGUGCCAUCCCGGAUGCUGCUGCUGACGCGCUCCCGCACCCAGCUCAGCAUGCUGGACGAUGGCGAGCAAACGACGAUGCGCCAGUUGGUGACGCAGUCACGCACCGCCGCCGCCACCGCUGCCGCCAGCAAACAGCAGGACUACAACCACUGGAAACGGUUCGGUUCCGAGCCGGAUCUGCGCGUGCCCAAGGGCCAGGGUAACAGCAGCGACCACCAGGGGUCAGCUGGUGGCACGUCCGGCGCUGGCGACACUCGCACCAACACGUCCGUCGCCCAGUCGAAGAUUAUGAAGGGCAAAGGCAAGAAAAAGGCUCCGGUACCGCCGGCACCGGUAGAAAAGCGCAAGUCGGGCAAGGAAGCGAUCGGCAGCCAGCGCAUCAUCGCGUACUCACCACUGCGCAAGACCAACUCCGACACCUCUUCGACGCUACCACCGGCCAUCGUCGGCGACGGCGGGGGCAACUCUGGUGCGGGGGCCAGCAGCAGGCUGCGUCUGUUCAAGACGCGAGCCGAGGCGAAGAAAACUCCCGCGGCGGCGAAGCUUCCGGAGGCAUCGGACGCCAAGUUUGCGACCAAAACGGCGAGCGGAGGCCCAAAGGCGGCGACGGUGGAAAGCGUGACGCUGGUGGAGCCUGCCCAUCCGCGGUCCUUCUUCCGGCGGGAGAAAACGUUCGACAUCGGGCUGCUGACGCUCGAGGCCCGCAAGCGGCAGAUUCAGCCUACCGGGGCUGGGUGCCCCGCCACAAGACCGACGUUAUCGCCGCCCCUGUCGCACCGUAAGUCGAUCGUGAAAACGCUGCUGGAGCAGGACGACGGCGGGCAUACGGCGACGACGAGGCACGGUGGCCACCGCUCCCCGGUGGAGCCCGGUAAGGGCAAGGGCGGCAAACCGCAGGCGGGGCACGGCGCGAAAGGAGCAAAGCAGCCGGCACCAGGUGGCGGACAGGGGACCCCUAGCCUAGUGGCCGCGGCCCAGUACUUAAAGGCAGCGAAAGCGUCCAACACGCUGGUGAUCCCGGUCGAACCACCGAUGGAGCGCGAACCGUACCACGAGCGCAACGUGUCAAGCUCGGUGACACCUUCGCCCCCACCACCACCACCACCGAAAACUAGCGUCUACUUUGACGACGGUAAGCCCCACGAGCGAGAGGAAGACGAGGAGGAGGCGGAGGUGGAGGAGGAACCACGGGUGGUCGGCUCCAUUUAUCAGCACCAGCACCACCACUCGAUCGAAUCGCUCGUUGACAGCAGCGAUCUGGACGACGAGAGCCGGAAGAAGAGCGGCAAGCGGCACGAGCCGACGGAGGCCGAGGAGCACGCCGCAAGAGAGGAGGGUGCAGGGGGGAUGGGUGCGGUGGUGGUGGCGUCCAUCGACGAGAUCGAUCGCACGCAGAUGGACAUCAUCGACCGGUUUGCGGCGAGCCUGUUGCACGAGUCCAGGCGCUUCCACUCCACCGACUCGAUGGCCUCGUCCGAGGCGGAUCUACGUACGCUGAGCGUGCUGUCACCGCACGAUGGCGACCCGGAAGGGCAGGAGAUUGCGCUCUGCCUCCGCCCGACGCUGCCCCGCAAACAGUUCGAUAUUCCGCGCUUCAGUCCAGCCGCCGCCUGGCGGUUGCUGACGACCGACGACGAGUUCGGCCGCGACACGAACGGCGGUGGGGGUGCUGGCGGACUGGGAAAGGGUGCAGGAAGGGGCCAUGGGCCGUUCCUGUGCGAUCGGGGCGACCUGCACGCCCUGGACGCCGCCUCGGAGGAUCGGAUAGAGCGGGUAUACCGGGAGCCGGUGCCGGGCCUGCAGGACAACAAGAGCGGUGACAGCGGCAUCUCCGGAGACGCCGGGCUGCUCGACAUUGGGCGGGACGAGCCAAAGGGCACCCUUGGUGGUGUUAACGAGGACACCCACCAUCACCACCGUUGCCACGUGGCUGGCUGGUCGUCGAACGCGCUUAGGCCAACCGCCUGGACACCACAGCAGGACCUGGAGGACGACGAUGACACCACGACGGGCAGCAGCAUAGGCGGAGAUGGCGGCUACCGCCAUCAACACCUUCAGCAUCAGCUGCAGCAGCCGCAGGAGCAGCACCAGAAGCAGGAGAACGACGCGCGGCAUGGGCUCGGGCCGCUGAACGAGUUCGCCAGCAAGGGCCACCUGUUCAGUCUCUCGUUGCCACGGGAGAACCAUUUGUCGAUCUACACCGGGGGCUCCAUAGACGACAAGGUCGAGAAACAUGUGUUCAACAGUCUGCAGAAGUUGCACAAGUCGGUGUCGGACGCGUUCAAGAGCGAAGACGACGUCGGUGGCGCUAUCGAUAGCAACAACAAUUGGUUUCUGGGGCGGCUGACGACCAAACCGGGAUCGGCGGCGCCCGCCCAUGCCCAAGCGAACCACGAGAAACGGCAGCUGUCCCGCCCGUCCGGACUUACCCCACUGGCAAACGAGUCCGGACUUCGGCUUCGAAGCUUCUCGCCGGAAAACCUAACCGCGACGGCAACCAUGCUUAACGGGCCCAUCUCGGACGCGUCGCGUGGCAAAAUCACGAGCUCGAUCAGCUACCUCGUGAGCGGCCGGCACAUGAUGUACUUGCCGAAGGAGCCGACGCGCCUUCUGAUCCAGCCUGGCACCGAGCGGAUAGCAAAACACAAUCAAAACGGUCGCAGCGGCGACACUAGUACGCAGCGCUCAGCUGUCUGCCCGCCGAAUCUGCCCGGCUACCAUCACCAGCAGCAGCAACAGCAGGCCAAGUUGUCCUCGGCAAAGGCCAGUGGACAGUCCGUGGGCGACCGACACGAAGGCAGAGGCUGCAAAGUUUCGUCUGGCGGCGGUGGCGGUCCGGUGGCACCGGACGAGGAUAGCAGGAAGCAGCGUGAGGAUAAGGAAAACCUGCAGGACCCGGUACCGGUGACGGCGGCGACCAAGCUGUUGCUGGAGCCCAGCUUCCCGGUGAAGCUGUCGAAUAGGCGCAACCAUCGGUUCACCUUCCAGAGCACGAUCCGGCAGAUAGAGAAGCGGCGUGUCGCGGAGAAGCUGUCGCGGGAGGCCGAAAUCAAGGAAGCGAUGCGACUGAGCGAGCUGGAGGCGAUGCAGCGCGUCGAGGAGGAGUUCCAGAAGAAGCGCGCCAGGGAGAAGGCCUCGAUCCGCCACCAGCUGCGCCUGUUCUCGAUGGAGGAUCAACAGGACACGGACUACGGUGUAGAGAGUCACCAUCAGCCGGAGGAAGUCGGCAUGCCAGAAUCGACGCAGCAGCAGCUCGACAACAAACGCUUGGAUGCAGAUGUGGACAGCCUACCGCACCAGACCGGACUGUACCGGAAGCGAGAUUUUAGUCCCAUCGAGCGGCAACUGCAAUGCUAUAAACGAUCCAAUGGUGGUGGCACCGAAGGCACCAUGUAUCCAUUCUUGCGCCAGCAGGACGACCAAGACGAACAGCAUCAGGAUCAGCAGCUGGGCACGUUGCAGCGCCAGCAACACCAGCAGCAGCAGGUACUCAACGGUGACUAUCGGGAAAAUGGUUUUGUUGGGGAAGACAAUGACAAUGGUGACAGCGGCAGUAGCUUAGGGUACGUAGACACCCGUACGCCGUACAUUUCGCGGAUUAUUCAGGCGAAAAGCAGCAAAUCGUUCGCCUUAAGGAAGUGAAGGUGACUGGAGGAGCAGUUAAACAGCGCGCGACGCUCCGCCGCCAGCCGAAGACCCGUCUGCCAUCUAGUCAAAACGAGACGCGGCUUGCUAGCGUUUUGGUUGCUUUCCGGGUCGAUUCGGCUCGACACGACGACGCGUCGAAACACCACCAAGAUGGAAUUAACGGUGGUAAUGUUAGCUCGGUUUCGUCGCCGUUCAAUACGGUUCCGACAGGCACUGGAACAGGCAGGCAGCAGCACACAUACACACUUCUCUAUUUUCUCCGUGGUGCGCAGUUAUGGUCUGCUAUGUCUUUUUACGGUAUACAAUACAAUCAUAGAAAAUUACACGUAUUUCACAUUAAAUACAAGUUUAGAUGAAUAAACAUCAGUAUCUGUCGAAGGGUAGCAUGUUUCACGCCAACGAAGAGGCCUGCUUCGAAAUUGAAUCCGCGAUCACGUACCGGUACCGGUUACUCGAACUGAUUGUCAUUUAUUUUUGUUCUUUACGUUUCAGUAGCAUGCGUUACAUAUU